AUUUACCUAAAUACUGGAAGUGAGGGUCCAAGCACUUCUCUCCGAGAAGUAUGUUUUUCAUAGCCUGCAUAGCGAAAAGCUUCUGUCAGGGGCAUCUUCAAAAUAGUCUCUCCUGCUGAUCUAAGUAAUUGGGUAAUUCCUAGACAGAGGACUGGUCCCGUACUAAGCCAUUUGAGGCUUUAAAGGCCAGUACCAACAUCUUAAAUUGUGCUCAAUAGGCAGUGGGCGUUCAGUGUACCUCUUUCUGUUAUAGGCACGAUGUCUUUCUUAUUCCUUGCUCUGGUUAGCAGCCUGUCUGCUCCAUAUUAUACCAAUUUCACAUAUAUUUUUCAAAAAUAGCCCCAUAUAAAAUGUGUUGCAACAGUGAAGAUGAUUGAAACAAGGCAUGACUAAUUUUCAGCAAGUCUGCCUGGCUCAAGGAGGGCUGGUGUUGGUGCAGUAGUUUUAGCUGUGCAAACUCCUUUUUCAUCGCAGUUGUCUCUUUAACAUCUGGGGAUCAAGAACCUCUCUGAAAUAACAAGCUUUCUCUUUUGUGGAGAGUGCAGCCUCACCCUUGUCUGAAUUUAAGCUUAAUCCUUAUAUUUCAUCCAGUUCAUGAGCAAGAUGGAAGGAUAUUCAAGGAUAUGAUUGCUUCCUCAUAGUUAAAUAAUAACUUGAACUCAUCAAAUAUUGAUGGUAACUCUGAAUAAUCCAUAGUCACUUAUAUGCCUGGUAUGUGGUGACUUGUCUUUCUGGCUUCCAUAAUUAGUACCUAUUUCUGCUGCAUUUCAUUGGGAAAACCAUUGUGUUCCAACAGAAAUGGGUGUAACCAUCACAAAAUAGGUCCCCCAAGUUCCAACCCCACCAGAUGACUCAGAAGGAUGAUAUAAUUGAUGGUAUUUAAAAAAAAGGACCAAGAGGGCCUGGUGAACUAGUAGGAACCCCCGUUCCAGUGUAGAUUUAAUUUAAUUUAAUUUAGUUCAAUUUAGGCACAGCCUGAUUCUGGAAUGAUUCUGGGCAUCUCACAAUAUCACAAUGAGAAUAAAAAUGUAAUACAAUUUUUUAAAAAGUAAACAAAAACAAAUAAGGUACGAACAAGAAGGCAAAUAUGGCCUACAACAUAAGGAUUGUAUAUCAAAAGCAGUCUCAGUAACAUAACCUGGAUAAAACUCCAAUUGAACUAGGUCCAGAAAAUCUAUUUCAUCCAAAUGCAUCUGGAAUUGCAAAACCACCAGUUUCUUGAUCAUUUUACUCAUGCCUGGAAUAUUUGACACUGAUCUAUAAUUACAAAAAUCUUCCUAGUCAAAGGAGGGCUUUUUUUAGUAAAGGUCAUAACCUGGUAGGGAUCACAUGCUACCCUCAAGCAGGUUCACCUCCCUUAACCUCCCUUACAAUCUGGCAGAUUUAAUCCGUCAGAAGGGGCAAGAGUCAAGCAAAGCAGCUAGUUACUCUCAUCUUUUCACAUAUAUUGACUCUGUUGUACGAGCUGCAAAAAAUCCAUAUUGACAGAACAAAUGAUUGCCAAAAUUACAUUCCAGUAAUCAUCGUAUCGUAAAAUUGACGAGAAUUGCUCAUGGUGAGGCCGUAGCUACUCUUCUCUAACAGCUUGAUGAAAGAGAUGUCAUAUCAUACCGAAAAGCAUUACUUGUCUAUUCUGCGCACAUGCAAGGGAUGUAGAAAAGGUGAUCAUGUAUGGCUGGAAUUCCAUUCAGGCAAAGAGUUUAAUGUGCCCAUUGGGGCCGUGGUGAAAGUAUUUAACUUAGGACGAUUCUUGCUGGAGGAUGAUGAAGGCAAGGAAUACUGGAUCAAAGCUCAAAACAUUAGCACAAUGCGACCAAUGCAUCCGGCCUCCAUCCAAGGAGUGGAAGAUAUGAUACAUCUUGAAGAGAUGAAUGAAGCUGGCAUGAUACACAACCUAUAUAUCCGCUACAAAGAGAACAAAAUCUAUACCUACACAGGCUCUAUUCUUGUAGCCAUCAAUCCAUAUCAAGUACUGCCACUAUAUACCAUGGAACAAAUCCAGCUCUACUGCAACAAGAGGAUUGGGGAACUGCCUCCUCAUGUCUUUGCCAUUGCUGAUAAUUGUUAUUUCAACAUGAUGAGGAAUAAGAAAGAUCAAUGCUCUGUCAUUAGUGGAGAGUCUGGAGCUGGGAAGACUGAAAGCACAAAAUUAAUGCUGCAGUUCUUAGCUGUUAUUAGUGGUCAACAUUCCUGGAUUGAGCAACAGAUUCUAGAAGCCAAUCCCAUUUUGGAAGCAUUUGGUAAUGCUAAAACAAUUCGAAAUGAUAACUCAAGCCGCUUUGGGAAAUACAUUGACAUUCACUUCAACCAAAAUGGUAUAAUAGAAGGAGCUCGAAUAGAACAGUUCCUUCUGGAGAAGUCUCGAGUGUGUCGCCAGGCUCCUGAAGAAAGAAACUAUCACAUAUUUUAUUGCAUGUUAAUGGGGAUGAAUCUGGAACAGAAAAAAAGAUUGAAUCUUGGCACUACUUCAGAGUAUACUUACCUAACUAUGGGCAAAUGUACUUUCUGUGAAGGUCGUAAUGAUGCUAAGGAAUAUGCUCAUAUAUGCUCAGCUAUGAAAAUUCUCAUGUUCUCUGAUUCUGAGCAGUGGAACAUAAGCAAAUUGCUGGCAGCCAUUUUGCAUCUAGGAAAUGUAACAUUUGAAGGUGUUGUAUGUGAAAAUUUGGACUGCUCUCAUAUUCUUGAUUCUGUACAUUUUUCCACUGCAACCAAACUACUAGAGGUGGAUUCUAGAGAACUUCACAAGAGUCUUACAAACCAUUCCAUUAUCAUCCGAGGGGAAAGUGUCUCUACGCCCCUAAGUGUGACUCAAGCAGCUGAUGUGAGAGAUGCCUUUGUCAAGGGGAUCUAUGGAUUCCUCUUCAUCUGGAUAGUGAAUAAGAUCAAUGAUGCAAUUUGUAAUACUCCAGAUGAGAAAAAUAUGUGCAAAUCCAUUGGGCUCCUGGAUAUAUUUGGCUUUGAAAACUUUAACACUAACAGUUUUGAGCAGUUUUGCAUCAACUUUGCCAAUGAACAUCUCCAGCAAUUCUUUGUACUCCACAUCUUCAAACUGGAGCAGGAGGAAUACUUAGCUGAGCAAAUCUCCUGGAACCAUAUUGACUUCAAGGAUAACUUUGCCGCUUUGGAAGUCAUUGUACUCAAAUCCAUGAACAUUGUUUCACUGAUUGAUGAGGAAAGCAGAUUUCCCAAGGGGACAGACACCACUAUGCUAAACAAAAUCAAUUUGCACCAUGGCAGAAGCAAAAUCUACAUUCCUCCAAAGAAUGUCCAUGAUACAAUUUUUGCUAUUAACCAUUUUGCUGGUAUUGUUUAUUACCAGUCGGAAGGUUUCCUUGAGAAAAAUCGUGAUAUGCUUAGCUCAGACAUAAUGCAACUUGUUUAUUCAUCCAAAAACAAAUUCCUCAAAGAAGUCUUUCAGGUGGACACAAGUAUGCAUGUGCUGCCUUUUGGCCGUGGGACCAUUAAGCACCUUGGAAAGGAUUCCUUGAAGGGAUCGGAUUCUGCCAAACGCUUGCCUACACUAGCAGGACAGUUCAAACAGUCUCUGGAGCAGUUGAUGAAAAUCUUGAAUAGCUGUCAGCCUUAUUUUAUCCGCUGCCUUAAACCCAAUGACCAAAAGAAACCCAUGCAAUUUGAUAGAGAACUCUGUAUCCGACAGCUGUAUUACUCUGGCAUGAUGGAAACCAUCCGGAUUAGGAAAGCUGGCUAUCCAAUUCGCUAUAGCUUUGCAGAUUUCUUUCACAGAUACAGAGUCCUACAGCCAUUGUCAGCUGGAGAACAGCUGAAAAAUGAUGUUCGUCAAAGUUGCGCUUGUAUCUGUAAGAAAGUAAUGGAAGAUGAAGAUUGGAAAAUUGGCAAAACCAAAGUUUUCCUGAAAGAUUAUCAUGAUACAGUCCUGGAGGUGCAGCGAGACAAGGCACUCAGAGAAAAAGCCAUUCUAAUUCAGAAGGUGUUGAGGGGAUUCAAAGACAGGAAACAGUUUCUGAAGCAGAGACAUAGUGCUGUAGUUAUACAGGCUGCCUGGAGAGGACACUUCGCUCGGAAAAAAUUUAGGAUGCUCAUGUUGGGAUUUGAACGUCUGCAAGCCCUUUUCCGGAGCAAACAGCUUGUGAAGAAGUACGAAGAAGCCCGUGGCAAUGUGAUUAAGUUUCAAGCGUUGUGCAGAGGUUACUUGAUGCGCCAGAAAAUUGCUGAGCAGCUGAAAGCUGUUUGUGUGAUACAGGCUUAUGCCAGGGGAAUGUUUGUUCGUAAGAGUUUGCACAAAAUGAAGAAGGAACGUUUGGUAAUUCCAGAACCAAAAGAUUAUGCUAAGAAAUUAAAAGUAAAGGAAUCUGAAGAAAACAAACCUGAAUCACUAUAUGAUGUCAUCAGUGACCAGGAAAUGGUAGACAGAAUAUUUGGUUUCUUGCCUUCUUUCAUUGGGGGGCAAGAAGGCCAAGCUCCUUUGGGCUUUGAGGACCUGGAGAAAAAAACACAGAUGCACAAACUGAAUGAGAUAGACCUGGAUAUGAUCCCCAUAACCAUAGAGCUGGAUGAGGAGUCAGAUGACUUGGCACAAUACACCUUCCCCAAAUUUGCAGCAACUUACUUCCAGGGAUCUGCCACUUAUACACACAUUAGACGUCCCCUGCGCCACCCUUUGCUUUAUCAUGAUGAAAAGGAUGAUAUUUUGGCAUCCCUAGCUGUAUGGACCAUCAUUUUGCAGUUCAUGGGUGAUUUGCCAGAAAGAGUGCAGAAUAUCAAUAGCAAGAGAAGUUCUAAGGAGACCCAGAUUUAUGAGAGCUUUGGCAAGAUCAGCAAACCGCAGCCUGUAAGCAGUUAUCAUCCAGACAUAGAAGACAGCAAAAAAGUUAAUAAGUUCUCCAAGGCAAUUUCUUCUGUGAAACUGAAGCGCAACUCCAAAAUGGCUGAUAAGAUAAAAAGCCAGUUGAUGGAAGGGGAAGAUAUGUUUCAGGAGGAAUGCUCUGAGUCCGAGAGGCCUAUGUCUAACCUUGAAAAAGUGCAGUUUAUCAUUGGAAAUGCUAUCCUGUGUCCUGCCAUCAGGGAUGAGAUUUAUUGCCAGAUCUGCAAACAACUCACUGAAAAUAACAAUAAAAUUAGUUAUCAUAGAGGUUGGAUCUUACUGUCACUCUGCCUUGGUUGUUUCUGCCCUUCAGACCAGUUUGUGAAGUAUCUACUAAAUUUCAUUCGGUGUGGACCAUUAUUGUAUGCACCAUAUUGUUCUGAAAAGUUGAGGCGAACUUAUAUGAAUGGAACACGAUCUGAACCACCUAGCUGGAUGGAGCUGCAGGCAACCAAGAGUAAGAAGCCAAUUACACUUAGUGUAAUCAUGAUGAAUGGCAACAGUACCAAAGUGCUUGCAGAUUCAGCCUCCACUGCAAAGGAGAUCUGCCAGCUAGUAGCUGAUCAAAUGAACUUGAAAGACACAUUUGGCUUCUCUCUCUACAUUGCAUUGUAUGAUAAGGUCUGGUCACUGGGCAGUGGACGGGAUCACAUCAUGGAUGCCAUUUCUCAGUGUGAACAACAGGAAAAAGAGAAGAGUGGCCAUGGACAGUACACUCCUUGGCGUCUUUACUUCAGAAAAGAGAUCUUUACUCCCUGGCACAACUCCAAAGAAGAUCCCAUCAGCACUGAACUCAUCUAUUAUCAGAUAAUACGUGGCAUCCGGUUUGGAGAAUACUGCUGUGAAAAGGAGGAGGAUUUGGUGGAAAUUGGAGCCAAAUACUGUUAUAUCAAGUUUGGAGAAUCCAUCCAAAAUGAGUUGGUUCAAAGUAUUCUCCAAGAAUGUAUCCCAGUAAAGCUACUAAGAUCCAAAUCCCAAGAGAAGUGGGUGAACCUCAUCACAUAUGCUCACGCUAAGGCGGCUUACACACAGGACCAGAUUUCCCCUCAAUGUGUAAAGGAGCAACUGGUAGACUUUGCCCGUGAUCAGUGGCCUCUGCUCUUUUCUAGAUUCUUUGAAGUUACUAAAUUUUCAGGGCCCAGUCUGCCAAAGAAACAUUUCAUUGUGGCAAUUAAUUGGAAAGGGAUAUGUUUCCUAGAUGACACUGAAAGAAGACUUCUAGAAUUGUCUUUUCCAGAAAUUACUGGCAUCCAUACCAACAGGGGAGUCAAGACAUUUGGCCAAAGCUGCACCCUUAGCACACUGCGUGGUGAAGAGUUUGUCUUAACAUCUGUCAAUAGUGUUGCAAUUGCAGAAUUAAUAGUCAUGUUCCUGGAAGGAUUGAAAAAGCGAUCACUUUAUGCGGUGGCAAUACAAGACAAAAAACUGCAAGGUGACACUACCAUUUUGGCCUUCAAAAAGGGUGACUUGUUGAUUUUAACCCAAGACAAAAGACUAGGAGAAAAUCAAGGCUGGAUCCCUGCUCAAAAUGAGCGAACCAAUGGUUCUGGGCUUGUGUCAUCAGAGACCAUCUAUAUCAUCCCUACAGUUACAAAGCCUUCCAGUCAAAUAUUGAGCUUGCUGAUGAUGUCACCUGAACAACGGAGGUUAGUAUCUCUAAACUCUCAUGUGGAAGAACCUGAGGAAGAAAAUGCAAAUGUGAAGCCAUAUACUCUGGAAGAAUUCUCCUAUGAGCACUUCAGAGUACCUGAGAAGGAGUCAAUCAGCAAGGCUGUUUUACCCAAGUCCCGAGGGCGGAGUCAUCUGUGGGCUCAUUCUAGGGAGCCCCUGAAAAGGCCUUUGCUAAAGAAAGUAUGUUCUAAUCCAGACCUCUUGGACUUUGCUUGCCAGACCUUCAUUGCCAUUAUGAAAUACAUGGGAGAUUAUCCCUCAAAGCAAGAGAGAUCUCCUGUGGAACUUACUGACCAGAUAUUUUUAGUAGCAAUCCAGGAGGAUACUCUGCAAGAUGAGGUCUACUGUCAGAUCUUGAAACAGUUAACAGAAAACCACAACAGGUAUAGCCUGAACAGUGGUUGGCAGUUACUGUGGCUUUGUACAGGCCUUUUUCCACCUAGUAAAUCAUUGCUGAAACAUGUUCAGAAGUUCACUGAGACUCGUCUGAAGGAGAACUUGGCAUUGGAAUGCAGACAUAGGAUCCAAAAAGUGAUGAGGAGUGGCUGUCGGAAGUGGGCUCCACACAGUGUAGAAGUGGAUGCAAUUCAGAAUAAUAUCACCAAGAUUUCUCACAAGGUUCAUUUUCCAAAUGAGACAGAGCAGGUUUUUGAUGUAGCAACAAACACAAAAGUAUGGGAGCUAUGUCAGAUGAUUGGCAACAAAAUGGAAUUGAGCUCCUUGGAUGGAUUUAGCCUCUUUAUCAAGAUUUCAGAUAAGGUGAUCAGCCAGAAUGAAGCAGAUUACUUCUUUGACUCCUUGAGGCAGGUGACUGACUGGACUCGAAAGAAUAGGCCAGGAAAAGAGGUGUUUCCCACCACUAUGAAUUAUCAGGUAUAUUUCAUGAGAAAGUUGUGGCUGAAUGUGAUACCUGGGAAAGAUUUGAACGCUGAUUGUAUCUUUCAUUAUCAUCAGGAACUGCCGAAGUAUCUGCGAGGCUAUCACAAGUGCUCAAAAGAGGAUGCUAUCCAAUUGGCCGGGCUGAUUUUCAGAGUUCGUUUUAACUGUGACCGAACACAACAGGCUGCAAUACCUAAAAUGCUGAAGGAACUAGUGCCUGAGAACAUGAUUCCAAUACUAUCUCCAGAGGAAUGGAAACGGAAUAUUAUUUCUGCUGUCAACAAACUUGGUCAAAAAAGUGUGGAUGAGGCCAAAGUUGCCUUCUUGAAGUUCAUAUAUCGUUGGCCAACAUUUGGUUCAGCUUUCUUUGAAGUGAAGCAAACAUCAGAACCAAAUUUCCCUGACAUAGUAUUGAUUGCUAUCAACAGGCAAGGGAUUUCCAUAAUACAUUCAAAGACUAAGGAGAUCUUAGCUCUUUAUCCCUUCAAUAAAAUUUCUAACUGGAGCAGUGGCAGCACGUAUUUUCACAUGACAAUAGGGAACCUGGUACGAGGAAAUCGAAUUCUUUGUGAGACAUUUCUGGGUUACAAAAUGGAUGACUUGUUGACAUCAUAUGUUCAUUUGCUAAUGAACAUUGUAAACAAACAGAAAAGGCCCAAUAUCCCAGUUUGAAGAUGCAACUAUCAUCAUGCAAAGGAAGAAAUGCUGGAUCCAUCAAGAGGAGACAAAUUAUGUGGUGGCUAUUAGAGGCCUGUGGAAUAUUAUUAGGUAACAUAGUUUAAAAAUUCAGGAUGCUUAUUAGUAACUACAAUGUAACUAAUCUUACUGUUAUAUUAUGCAGAGAUGAGUAAUCAUCAUCAUAGGAAUCAUAAACAAUAUGGUGAGACAUAAUUUGCAGAAACCCGUACUGGAUUAAUUAUCACCAGGGUCAACAAGAUCGGCAGUAGCUGUUGGUUACCAUCAAGUGGGAAAAAUAGUGAAAACUGAAGAAAUAAACUUGCCCUAACAUCAAGAGUCUGGAUGAAUAAGAUUACUACAAAUAGCUGGGCAUACUUCAAGCUGUAUGCCUCAUGUACGCUGAAAUCAAGAAGAUUGGAACUAAAUACAUCAUGAGAGUAAAGAAGAGCUUAAAGUUUUCCUCAGUGGAGGAAAUGGUAUCAAGGCAAUUAACACCUCAGCAAUGCCAGUCAUUAGAUACCAGCUGGAUAAGAGGACUGGACUCAAGCAGAACUAAAAGCCCUGGAUAUGAAGACCAAAAACAUAAUGAUAACAAAUUAUGCCCUUCAUCCACGCAGGGAUGUUAAUAGACUUUAUUCAAUAAGAAGUACAUACAGGUGUGGAAUGUUGUUAAGUACAUCAAAUAGUUGAAGAAAAAUGGACACUGGAAGAAUAUUUAAAGGACAGUGAAGAAGAUGCAUUGAAGCUAGUAUACCAUGAAAGCUUACUGAAUACCUGAGAGUCCCAAUGGGCCUACAGGAAAGACCAAAUGAAGAACAGAAAAGACAGCAAAGUAUUACAUGGCCAGUACACAAAAAAGGAACAGGAUAAGUAAGUAACAACUCCUGGCAAUGGCUAAGAGCAAGAACAUUGAACGAGAGAUGCUAAUUCUGAUUGCAUAGGACCAAGUCUUAAGAACGAAUGCACAUAAAGCCAGAAUUGGGGACAGCAACAGACAACAAAUGCCUGCAAGCAGGAACUGGUGGGACCACAAAGUAAACUAAGAGAAAACAAAGAAAUUAAAGUGUUCUGGGACUUUAGAAUUCAAACAGACAAGAACAUGCCACAUAACACCCCAGAUUUAACAAUUGUUUUAAGAAAUAAAAGUCUAGAUAGUGGACACUGCAGUACCUGGAAACAACGAAAUAGAAAACAACUGAAGAAAAUCACAAAAUAUAAAGAUCUGCGAGUAGAAGUAGAAUAACUGGCAAAAGAAACCAAAAUAGUACCAAUAUCCAUUGGAUGAGAUCCCAAAAUAUCUGGAGCACCACUUGAAUACUAUUGGCAUUGAUAAAAUCACCAUAAAUCAAUUGCAAAAAGUAACUUUACUUGAAACAGUUUACAUCCUAUAACCAUACCUUUAAUAUCAUCAAACAUCUGCCUAUUCCAGGUCCUUGGGAAGGACUUGAUAGGUAGAUAAAAAUCCAGUCUAAACAUCUGGCUGAUUGUGUAACCAACCAUAAUAUAAUCAGUCCUAAUUGAAUGAAAGCAUAUUUUACUGGAAAGGAAAAUAUUUUGCAUAAUAUUUGAAUAUUAUCUAUGGAGAAAGAUGCAUUAGAAUAAAAUAUCACUAUGACAAUGAUUUUAUUAAACAGACAGAAUCCUAAUAGAAAUAAAAGCAAUACAGUUAGGUACACGUGACUUGUAAAAUAGUUUUUAAUGUUAUGUUUAAAAGAUACAUAGCUGUGCUUAUCAUUCCAACUAUAGAAAGUAAUUACAAUAUUUUAACCCAGCAGGAAUUUUUGAUAGAGAAAAGUACAGAGUAAAAAUAUUAUAUGUGCACAUUUUAUUAAAGGUUUUACAUCCAUACAUUGAAAGAUAAUUAGUAUGUUGAAUGAAAACACUCCAUCAAAUCUUAUACAUUGAAGUGGCUUAUCAUGCUAAUAAGUUAAAGAUUGUCUAAAUCAGGGGUGUCAAACUCAAUUUCACUGAGGGCCGCAUCAGCAUUGUGGUUGCCCUGGGGGGGCUGGGCGGGUGUGGCCAGAGUGGGUGCAGCCUAAUGGGUGGGCGUGGAUGGAGUGG